GCUUAACGAAAAGGGAUCUGACCAAGAAAAAAAAAACAGGUAAUCUCCUCUUUACUUCCUUUUAUAAACAACUUUUGAUUGCCAGUAUCGUCCACUAGGUUAUUCUUUGGUGCAUCCUAUUGAUUUGAUUGCUCCAUUAUAGACAAGUAUACAAACAUUGUAUUCUCACCAACAACAAUCACUUAAAACCCCUUCAUAGAGAUCAUCAACCGAAUUGAAUAUCACAAAGUGUUGAUCAAACGAAAGUCUACUUUAAGAUUCUGAAAUAUAAUCAUAAUAUAUUAAUAUGUUUUUCAGAGCUUCUAUAGUUCUAUUAUUCGCUAUAAGCUUGCUUCAGCAAGUAUCCGCAGAUGUGUCGGUUACAUCCCCUACAGAUGGUGCUUCAUUUUCAGCUUCAGGGGGAACUGUAUCAGUUCCUAUUUCUUGGACUGAUGAUGUUGAUGAUUCAUCUGACACAUUUUCAUUAAGUAAUGUCCAAUCAUAUACUGUCUUGAUCUGUUAUGGAUCUGCGGCCUCCAUUAAGUGUGCUACAAAUCAACCAUUAUUGGCCCAGAAGACUGAACCAAGCAAAAAAUUCACAGCUGAUAUUCCAUCAUCUUCCUAUCCUAAUGGUUUCUAUUUCUUUCAAAUAUAUACUGUUUUCAAAGAUAAAUCAACAACAAUUCAUUACACUGGAAGAGUCAAAUUGUCUGGUAUGACCGGCCCUACCACUAUUGAUGCCAGUAAUGAUGGUGAUACUCCGCUGGCUCAAACGUCGGAAGCUGGUGGUGCCAAUGGUGGCACCAUUAAGUCAGAAUGGUUUACUAUUCCUUAUACUUUACAAACUGGAAAGACUCGUUAUGCUCCAAUGCAAACUCAACCAGGUUCUGAAAUCACAGCUACUACUUGGAAUAGACGUUUUCCUACUAGUGCUGUUACCUAUUAUACAUCUGCGUCUCCUUCUCCAAAUGUUCACUCAACCAUUACUCCUGGUUGGAACUAUACUGCAAUCUCUGCAGUAAAUUGGGCUACACCAGCUCCUUACCCUACAUACUUUUAUCCUGCUAGUGAAAGAGUUAGUAAGGCUAAAUUGAAGACUGCCAAGAAAAAGAGAUGGGACGAGUAAAUACAAUAGAGAAAAAUAAACUAUUUAAAAUACAUGUGAACUACUUGAUUAGUUUAAUUCCUUAACUACUUUUCCUAAAAGCAAAAUAUAGGAAAGAUACAGAUUAAGAAUGAAAUAGAAAGGAUUUGAAACUAAUUAAGGAAUAGAAAUUUGAAAUUCUUCUCGUUUUCUAGUUUAUUCUUUGGACAAAUGGUUUUUCUACCUCCUAUGUACCUUACUUUUAUAAAUUUGG